AUGCACAAAAGUGUCCGAAAUUUUGAUAAUGUUUGUUCCGAAAAAUUAAAUGCAGCUGCUAUAAAACAAAAUUGGAAUACAAUUUAUGACAUAGAUGACGUUGAUGAACAAGUGAAUUAUUUCAAUGAGUUGAUUCUAGAACUUAUGAACUUUUUCUGUCCUAUCAAAAUUUGCAAGGUCAACAAUGAUUGCAGACCUGAUUGGCUUUCUGAUAAGCUUUUACAGCUGAUUAAUGCGAGAAACUUUUUCUAUGAAGCAGCAAGGAAUCAAAAGAAUGCAACAGAAAAAUUAUUUUUAAAACAACAGUUUAUUAAAUUGCGAAAUAGUGUAAAUGUAAUGAAACGUAAUCUUAAAAGAAAAUGCCUCCUGAAACGCAUGGAUGUAAACUUACCUAACACUAUUCUUUGGAAAAAUUUAAAUACAUUUGGCGUCACAAAAUCUAAAUCUACUAUUAGUGACAGCUUUAGUUCUACAGAUUUCAAUAAUUAUUUCAGCUCUGUUUUCACUCCAUCAGAUAUAGAUUCCUUUUGCGAUUCAAAUGAAGAUCUUUCGAAUGAUGUUAUACAAGAACUUGAUUUUGAGAACGUCACGAAUGAUGAAGUUUUUAAUGCAUUAAAUUUAAUUAAAACUAAAGCAAUAGGUGAAGAUGGAAUCUCGAUAAAUCCACCCCCAAUAUAUAUCGGCUCUGACAUUAUUCCCUAUAGUGAAGAUGUAAAAAGUCUUGGGCUUAUUAUUGACUGUCAACUUACCUGGCAAGCCCAUAUAACAAACCUAUGUCACGGAAUUAAUUCUACUCUUUACAUGUUACGUCAAACAAUGAACAUCACACCACUAAAUACAAGAAAGCUUUUAGUAAAAGCUCUUAUUAUACCACGAAUUAUGUAUUGCAGAUGCAAUAGAAAAUGCUGGGCAAUAAUUGAGAAAACAUUUAACUCGUGCAUUAGAUACGCUUUUGAUUUGAAAAAAUUUCCCAGAGGACGAACAUUAAGUCUUCCAGCUAAAAGAAAUUGUCGGCAGCUUGAUAAUUCUUUCUUUUGUAUGGGAGUUCGCCUUUGGAACUCAUUACCCUCAGACAACAAGAUCAAGUCAUUCGAGAUAACAAGUUCGAUAUUCGGGCAGGCAUUUAAUGCUAUGGCAGUGGGGAUAAGAGACGAGGAAUAA